GCCCGGACUGUCGUUCCCCAUUUGGGUUGUCCAUGUCCAUUCCGACGGGUCCAGGGCUAGAUGAUGGAUCGGGGAGCUGGAAAGAUCUGCAGUCGAAGAGCGUUGCAGGCAUGGUAAGGACGCUUGGGGCGGCAAAAGACGGGGACGGGAUGUUGGAGGGCCGUGGUGGGGAGAAUGAACGAAUUCUUCUUCGUCCAAGAAUAGAGAUGGAGGAAAGGGGAGUAAGGUGGGUAACAGACGGAGAUAAAACCAGAGGAAGUGAAGGCAGUGAAGAUGAGAAGGAUGAAGUCAGGGGUGGUGAAGUGGCUGAAGCGGACACAGGGGGGGCAGUCGCAGGUGAGACCCGAAGAAGGGACUCUGCAGGUGGUAAUGCAGGCAUGGCCACAGAUGCCAUGGAGGAGCACAUCAAGACCGAGGGCAACACAGCUGUCGUGGUGGCCACGGAUGCCAUGGAGGAACACACCGAAACCAAGGGCGAUGCAGCAGCCGUGGUGGUCACGGAUGCCAUGGAGGAACACACCGGGACCAAGGGCGACACAGUAGCUGCGGGUCGAGUUGCUCUCGCGGAAUCAAUCGUAGAAGCAGCCAAGGCCGAUGGGGAAGAGGCUGCGAACCGAAAAGGGGUAGCCAGGGUCACAAACGACAUGGAAGGGGUCAUUACGACUGAUGAGGACGCAGGUGCAACAAAUGCAGGUAAUGAAGAAGAGGCUGUGAUAGGUGUGACAGGCGCCGGUGAUGAAGAAGGGGCUGUGACAUGGGUAGUCCGAGGACAGUGUGUGGACACCCGAGAAAGCGGGUGAUGGAUAGACCAUCGAAGCAUGUUGCGGAACCAG